UGCUCUUUCCCCCCAACCGGGUGUGAGAGAUAACAAGCAUCUAAACAUCAAGCACUACAGUCUCUACAAAGACAACAAGGGGAUACUACUUAGGGUUGACGAAUAAUCUAGAGUUUCCUUCGAAGAAGCCCCUUUGCAGAGAUUAUGCCUGGCGAUACCCCAGCGAGCGAUAGCGGCGGAACCACGAUCGACACGCGCGCGACAGAGCUGUCCAUGAGACUGGGGGAGCAAAGCAAGGUGUUGUCGGCUGUCAUGGAGAAGCUAGGGCAACUUCAGACGCCGCCUGCCAGAGCGGCGGGGGCAGAAGUGGGGGAGUCAAGCGGCGCUGGCAACGCCGCAGGGCACGGAGGAGCCGCGCCGGGCACACGGUUUGGGGUGCCACCCGGUGGAGUCGGGGGAGUAGGUCCCCCGGGCCACCCAUCCGCUGCCCCCCCGCUGGGAAGCAUUGCGCAGGGAUUUUGGAUGCAGGGGGUGAUGGACAAGAUGUCAUCGCUGCUGCAGGCAAUGCCAGAUUGCGGAAGCCGAGGGGGACCAGGCGGUGCUGGAAGACGCGCCGCAUCUUGCGGUGGGAUUGUCGGAAUCUCGCCGCCAGGCAGCUGCCUAUCGGAGCUGCACGCUGCGGCUGGCGUUAGAACAGAUGACGCCGCCGGAAGAGAGAGCAGCAGUAGAUCGGGCACGGAAGGUGAACCGGUGCGGGCGCUUGAUGUCCCUGCAAAUGGUGGGUUUGGUGGGUUCCAGACCAUCGACUUUUUCUGUGCGGUUGGGAGCUCUAGCAGAGGCGCUGCUGGGGGGAGGUUGACUGCCCCGGGCACACGGAACGAGGACCAGGACCAGGACCAGGUGUCAGCAUGAGGUGGAAAUGGGGAGGGGAGGACACUGUUGUAGGUGACAUUUCCGUUGUUGCUGCAAGUGACAUUUCCGUUGUUGCUGCAAGUGUGGACCCAUGUACCAGAUGUAUUCGCCUUAUUGAGGGAUUCGCAGUAGUAAGGCGUAUCCAAUUUCUAUGUCAGCAGUUGUGUGUCUUGUAGAAGGGGAGAAGCACCAUGAUAAGAAUCACUGUUUUGUAUGACAGCAGUGUGUGUCUUGUAGGAGGGGAGAAGCCCUAUGAUAAGAAUCACUGUGCUUGUUUGUCAUGUAGGAGGGGAGAAGCCCAAGCGAUAAUGAGUUCUCGAUGCAUGCAUGUAGACCGUACGGAGUGUUUCCCGCGAGCGUAGGAUGAGAGAGGUGUUUUGUGUGGUGUAUCCCUUGCAGCGAGCGCAGAGUGAGGGAGAAUAUUGCAUGACAUAAAGGCCUGCAGUUCUUUUCGAGUAAGGGAGAACCAUAUCGACGCGUUCUGUAUAUGGUGAUUGAGAAUUGAAGUUUUUGUUUUUUCUGAGAGUCGAAGAGUCGUGUGCAAGCAGGCUGAAGUUCGUCAUUCUAAGAGUCGAAGAGUUUCAUGCAAAGGGGCUGAUUGCGCGUGAUGCGUUUGGCAAAACAGUUGUCCCAGGAUGAUUGCACCUACAUACACCACCGGCCCCGGGGGCGCCGUGACGCGCGAGAAACAAGGGGGGGGAGGAAGAUUGGUGCUUAGAUCAUCGAUUGUUGCUCGAGAGGACAAUGACAGUUUGUAUUGGGUACUUGGCAGAUGCUUUUGAAGCGUGGCUGGAAGGGUGCGCGAUCAUGACGCUGUUGGUGAUGUUAUGAAAAUGAAAUGUGGCAAGAAUGUUGACUGAACUGAAGACAUUACUGACUGGUUGGCAUUAUCCUGUCAUGUUUAGUGGCCUUGCCUUCUUGGAGUGCCGUAGACGGUCCUAUUUGUGAUAGGAGUCUCGGGAGGGGUUUUCGCGUUAUUUUUUACUUGUUGUUCGUGCGAAAACCCUGACUGAGGGUAACGUACGUACGCAUCCCACUGCAAGUGGUUAGUUACUUUUACGUAAAGCACUCGGGAGGGUGUUCGUGUGAUGACGUAUGUGGUCGGAUCUGUAGACAAGAUGACCGUUUCAGGGGUCCUGCACACAGGUAUAUGUUGGGUAGUACGACUUGAUAAUGAUCGUGCGGAGCCCCCCA